CUUUAGUGAGAGAAAUCUGUCAACGUUGAGCAUACUUUGUGUUUGAAAUCAACGUUACUUGUGUGAUUAGUCACUAAAAAAUUCUCUAUUGAUAAUACGUGUGGUGUAAUUUCGUGUUUUACUUCCUAUUCUUCGCAUUUUUUGCUCUCAAACGAGUAUUUUCUUUUCGAAACAUUCCACCACCCCCGGCUGAAACCGUGGAUCAUAACAAGAGCAUUAUGUCUAAUCGUAAGGCUGCCGGACGCCGAGGCAACACAAAGAAGCGAGCCCAAAGGGCCACUUCUAAUGUGUUCGCCAUGUUCGAUCAAGCCCAGAUACAAGAGUUCAAAGAGGCUUUCAACAUGAUCGAUCAAAAUCGCGAUGGAUUCAUCGAUAAAGAAGAUCUACACGAUAUGCUAGCUUCAUUAGGUAAAAACCCAACCGACGAUUAUCUCGAAGGAAUGAUGAACGAAGCUCCGGGUCCGAUAAAUUUCACCAUGUUUUUAACCCUGUUUGGUGAACGGUUACAAGGCACCGAUCCUGAGGACGUGAUUAAAAACGCUUUCGCUUGCUUCGAUGAAGAUAAUACCGGAUACAUAAACGAAGAACGUUUACGAGAAUUACUCAUUUCGAUGGGUGAUCGAUUCACCGACGAAGAUGUUGACGAAAUGUUCAGAGAAGCUCCGAUUAAAAAUGGAAUGUUCGAUUACGUUGAAUUCACUCGUAUCUUGAAACACGGAGCGAAAGAUAAAGAUGAACAAUAACCGUAGCAGAAUUAUUAUUAUCUCUUUUUACUACGCAGCAAAAAUAUGGUAAUAAGGUUUUUUAAUAUUACCAGUAUAUUUAUUUAAUUCGUACUUAUUUCGAUUUUAAUUUCAUUUUUUUUUUAAAUUGUCAUUUUUACUGUUUUCUUUUUUAAAUCAUUAAAUAUAUAAUUCUUCUUAACAAA